GUUGGUGUUUCCCUUGCUCGACACGAAGAAGUGAAGGCGGCGACAAUGUCCCACGACCCGGCCCACGAGCCCUACCACUAUGACCACCAUGGCAUGAGCCUCGAGCCCAUGUACAGCCACGGCGGCGUCUCGUCCUUCCACAUGCAGAUGCAGCAACAACAAGCGGCGUCGUACCAUGGCGCUAUGACCAGCAACGGCAACACCAGCACGACCAAUCCCAACAACCAGUACGCGCUCAAGCGCAAGGCGCCCGCGUCGCCGCCGUACACGGCCGAGCCCGUCGUUGCCGCGCCCACGUCGGCGCCGCUGUCCGGCGGCCCGCAAAGCCAGCGCACGUGCGACGUGUGCAAGUACCCGGACCCGAUUCUGACCGUGCCCGAGUGCGGCCACACCUUUCACUCGCGCUGCGUGGGCAUUUGGCCGAUGCUCACGUGUCCGUACUGCCAAGGCGACGUGGCCAAGAUCGCGGUCGUGCCCGUCGACAUGUCGUCCAAGCCGACGCAGCGCAGCGGCAAGUGGACCAAGCAGGAAGAGAAGUUUGUCAACAUGAUCGUCGACGAGUUCGACCAUGGUACGUUCCCGCUCGCGAACGGCACGCCGGUGCGCCUCGUGCUCGCCAAGCUCCUCAACUGCUCGCCCAUGCGCCUCUCGAAGAAGUUUCAGAAGAAUGCGCUCGGGAAGCGCACAUACCGCGUCCCGAAAACGUCUAACAACGGCUUUCGCAUCUGCUUUGACACCGAGUCGCACCAAGCACGCCAGAUCGAGUUCUCGGCCGCCGAAUCCGCGUUUCGCCAAGAGGUCGUCAUGCUCCAGCGCAAGGACAAUGCGCGUCAAGACGGCUUUCUCGAGCUCCACGACCUCCGCCUCGCAGUCAUUCAGUUCUGGGUCUCCAACUUUCUCAAGUUUGCCAUGUCGGUCGGGCAGCAAGUCGAUGGCCUCGACACGACCGAGCCCAAGAAGAAGAAGCAGGCCAUGCAAAAGCUUCGCGAAGGCAUGUUUGACCAGCUCCUCUCAUGGAGCAACCCGAACGCCCCCGAGUCAAGUGCGACCGACGCGCCGCCCGCCACAAACCCCAACCCUAGCAACACCAACACCAACACCAACAACAACACCAACAACCCCCAGAACGCCAACGCUAGCAACAACAACAAGAGCGGCCACAACGGCAACGGCCACAGCAGCAGCAAUGGUGCACCGCCGGCCAAGAAGGUCACACGCCGCCCGGACGUGGAGCACCACCCGCCGCCGCAGAGUCCAUGGGACACGCCGUUUAUGGACAGCCAUAGCAUGAAGCACAAUCAGCACAACGUUGCAUACGGCAAGCCGGUCGACCUCGAUCUCUCCAACAGCAGCAGCAGCAGCACCAACAUGUUUAUGAGCCACAUGUACGCCAAGGCGCCCCAAGCCAGCUUCCGGCAACAGCUCGACAAGCACGACGGCGGUCGGUACCACCACCGUGACGCGAUGCCGCCGCUCCAGCCCACGUACGGUGGCCCGACCGGCUACGACUACAAGCGCCGGACGCCGACGCUGACGCCCUUGUCGAUGCGCGCGGGCGGCCCGCGGCUGCCCGACAGCAUCUUUGACGACCACAACGGCCCGUCCGCGCUCGAUGCGGUCCUCAUGAACACACCAACGAACGCCAACUCGUUCCGGCCACCGACGCCAGGCCCGCCGCCGUCGUCGCACUACGACCCGAUGGAGCCGAUCCAGCAGUACCCGCCGACCGCGUCGUGGGAUCAAAUGCUCGAUGACUUCACCGGUAUCAACACGCAGCUCGUGGAUCCGUCGCUGCACGCAUGGUCCAACAUCCAGCUGACAUGAGCAAAGAAGGAAGCGGAAGAAGAGGAAGAACGUAAACGUAGUGUCGUGUAUAGACUCGGUCGUAGCUAAUAUAACUAUUUUAAUGCAGAUAUAGCCUUAGUAUGAAAAACAC